CCCGCUGCUGCUUCAAGAUGGCGGCGCGCGGAGGGGAGGGGCGGCUGUUGUUGAAGCUUUAUUGUUCCCGCUGCUGUUGCCUCCGCGCUCCGUGUCCGCCGCGCCGCAGCCAAUAAAGGCUUUUGUGGAGACCAUAGCAGGAGGAGGCCAGUAGACCCUGUCCUGAUACCAUGGAGCUUCCUGGUUACAGCAGGCAGCUGCUGCAGCAGGUCUAUACUCUCUGCAAAGAGCAGCAGUUCUGUGACUGCACCAUCUUCAUUGGGAAUGUUCACUUUAGGGCACACAAGGUGGUUUUGGCUGCUGCCAGCCUGCUUUUUAAAUCCCUUUUGGACAGUACAGACACCAUCUCCAUCGAUGCUUCUGUGGUGACCCCUGAGGAGUUUGCACUCUUGCUGGAGAUGAUGUACAGUGGCAAACUCCCACUGGGGAAGCACAAUUUCACCAAAGCUAUCUCCGUGGCAGAUAGUCUGCAGAUGUUUGAUGUGGCUGUCAGCUGCAAAAACCUCCUCAGGGACCUCAUCAGCUGUUCUACUCAGGACGAGGUAGUAAGUGAAGUCUCCAGCCAGGCAACAGACUCAUCUGAAAACCAUGCUGAAGCUAAUAACCUGCCCCAGGCUGAAAAACCUGAUGAAGGAAAAACAGAUAACCUCAUACCACAGAGACUUUCACCUUUUCUUGGUCCUGAAGAAGCAGAAGUGGAAGCAGAUAUUUCUCUUCCUGGCCAGGACCUUACUGUGAAUCCCACAUGGGUUCACCAGGAUGGGAUAUCAAGUGACUCCAGAUCCCUCCAGGAGGAUCCAGGCUCUCAUCCUGAUCAGCCCGCGUGUGCUGAGCAGGGUGGCUCUGCAGAAGAGGAGCUUCCUGAACCUGCAGAGGAGAAAGGAGGAGCGAGGAGGGAUUUAGCAGCAGACAGUGAAAGCUGUAAACUGGAUUUCUUUCUUCGAUAUGAAAGCAUUUUCUCUGAGGCCCUUUCUGAUGCCCAGGCUGUGCUGAACAGACUAGAAGAGUGCAGAGAAAUUGAUGCCUCUCAGAAGGAGGCUCUGGUUUCCUGCCUUGCAGAGGCAGGGGAACAGUCAGUGUUCAAGAAGCUGCUGAGCAAGGUGAAGGAUGCUCAGGCCCUGGAUGCUCAGACCCUCGUGUCUUUACUGAAGCUGUUUCAAGACACAAACCCCAAACUGAGAGAGGCUUUGCUGGAGAGGGAAGAGGGCAGUGGAGAAGCUCUGCAGCAAAGAGAGAGCACAGACGAGGGAGAGAUGCUGACUGCUCGCUUGCUGGGAUGCAGGGAGGAGCUGAUCCAGAGCGUGACACAGCUGAGCCCCAUCCUUGACUUCUUGGAGGCAGCAGAAGAGGGAUUCCUGACUGCCUCAGAGAAGCGGGUGGUUUUGGAUUGCUGUGGAGGCAGCUCUCAAAGGGAAGCUGUGGACAAUCUCCUCAGGAAGGUGGAUGAAGAGAAAACCUUAAAAGUGGAAAGUUUGGUCAAACUUCUUGGGGCUGUGAAAGCAUCAUUCCCUGGUCUCCACGUUCUGCUAGACAACUUGGUGGCGACAGCAAAUGUCUCUGAUGGCAAAGUGGCCAACAGUGAGAGCACAGCCAUUGAGAUCAUCCUGCGGCACAGCAAGCUGAUCUCAGAGGUCAUCCAGAAGAGAGGGGACCUGGAGGGCUUGGCUCCAGGGGAAGCAGGACUCACUGAAGCAGUAAAAGAGCUGCUGACUAUGUCUGCUCAGAAGGAAAGUGCAGAGGCCACCUUGAAAGCAGCCCGGAGCACAGCCCAGGAGAAGUCUGUCCUGGCCCUCAAGAUCUGUCAGCUGCUCUGCAAUGUCCACGAGUCCUUCCCAGACCUGCAGCCAGUGAUGCAGGAGCUGGGGCAUGUGGGUCUCUUGACUGAGGGAAGUGGGGAGAAGCCUGGGAUUAGGAAGUGGAAGGUGAACAGUAAAUCCCAAGUGGAAGCUCUGGACAAAGAUGAGGACAAGGCAGGAGGCACUGGUGCCAAAGAACCGAAGGAACCCCAUGAAAAACCUUCUUCCAAGAAGAGUUUUGUCUGCAAAGCCUGUGAUAAGACCUUCCAUUUCUACUGCCGCCUGAAGGUGCACAUGAAACGCUGUCGGGUGGCCAGAGGGAAGCAAAUCCAGUGUAAGGAGUGCAGCGAGGUCAAACCGACGAAGAAGGAGCUGGAGAAGCAUCAGCUGGAGGUCCACGGUGUGGUGGGGGUGGUCAAGAAGAAGAAGAAGCGGCUCCCUGUGACCUGUGACAUCUGUGGCCGAGAGUUUGCUCAUGCCUCAGGGAUGCAGUACCACAAGCUGACGGAGCACUUCGAUGAGAAGCCCUUCUCCUGCAAGGAAUGUGGGGCCAAGUUUGCAGCCAACUCCACGCUGAAGAACCACCUGCGGCUGCACACCGGGGACCGGCCCUUCAUGUGCAAGCACUGCCUGAUGACCUUCAUGCAGGCCUCAGCCCUUGCCUACCACACCAAGAAGAAACACGCUGAGGGGAAGAUGUACGCCUGCCAGUACUGCGAUGCUGUGUUCGCCCAGUCCAUCGAGCUGUCCCGCCACGUCCGCACGCACACUGGGGACAAGCCCUACGUUUGCCGGGAAUGUGGGAAAGGCUUUCGCCAGGCCAAUGGGCUCUCCAUCCACCUCCGGACCUUCCACAACAUCGAAGAUCCCUAUGACUGCAAGAAGUGUCGGAUGAGCUUUGCCACCCUGCAGGAGCACCGCAAGCACAUCCAUGAAGCCCACUCUCGGGAAUACCACCCCUGCCCGACCUGCUCCAAAGUCUUCAGUGCCCCAUCACUCCUGGAGCGCCACAUGGUGACCCACGUUGGGGGAAAGCCCUUUAGCUGUGAGAUCUGUGAUAAAGCUUACCAGCAAUUGUCAGGGUUAUGGUAUCACAACCGGACCCACCACCCUGAUGUCUUCGCAGCUCAGAACCACCGUUCCUCCAAGUUCUCCUCCCUGCAGUGCAGCUCCUGUGACAAAACGUUCUCCAGCACUGCUGCCCACCGAAAGCACGUCAAGGCAGAGCACGCAGAUGUGAAGUUCCAUGAGUGUGAGACAUGCAAGGAGCAUUUCCCUACCCUGGCUCUUCUGCAGGUCCAUGUGAAGUGCAGGCACUCAGGCUCACAACCCUUCCACUGUCUGUACUGCUCUGCAUCCUUCCACCUCCCAGGGGCCCUGCAGAACCACGUCACCAGUGAGCACUUCAAGCAGAAGGAGAGCACCUUUCCCUGUGAGCACUGUGGGGAGCUCUUCCCAUCCCAGGGCGAGCUGGAGGAACACUGCAGUGCUGAGCAUCCCAAGGUGCUCUUCUCCCAAGCUGCCACAGCCCAGAUUGUACAGGUGAUUCAGACGUUGGAGCAAGGAGCAGCAGAGCACAUCAUCUCUUUUGAUGACGCCCAGCUCGCUGGUUCCCAAGUCUUUGUGACGUUGCCUGAAUCUCAAGUGAGCCAAACUGGCUCUGAGCUGGUGGCAGUGACUAUGGAGGACUUGUUUGAUGACAAAAUCAUGCUGAUUUGUGAAGAAACCAAGUGAGAGUGAGCAGUGGAUGCCCAUGCAGGGCCUCUGGCAUCCACUGGGCUCAUUCAGGAGCUGUACCUCAACAUGCUGCUCCAGCAGGGAGAUUCAGGGCUUCCCUGGGCAUGUGACAUUGCAAAGAAAUGGCAUGCAACAGGUACAGCAUGGCCAGGGACAGGAGAGGUCUGUAGACAUUCACAAGGGCCUGGGACAUCUCUCUGCAGUCAGCACCUGGCAGCUCAGGUGAGCUGGACCACUCAUCUCUCCCGGCCCAAGAGAAAUAAAGCAGCAGAGGAAAAGAUGGAAAUUGAGGGUGUUCACAUGUGUUCCUGCGCUGCUGUGGACAAGAGUGGAGGGAGGAGACUAAUGAGGACAAAGUUGGGGUGGUGUGAGUGUGUGAAACCAAAGAAAAAGCUAUCCUGAGAAUCUGGGGUGGAGAUCUUUAUGGUUGAAUUUGUGAUGUGCUCACAGGUAUCUGCUGCUCUGCAGGGUGCAUAAGGGCUGCUUUGUUUCUUCUGUUGCUCUCCCCUGUGCCACUGUGCUACCAGUUAUGCCAGCUAGAGAAGCCCUACAACGUGGAGCUGACAUCUGGGACUCUCUGCUGAAGCAGAGACUUCUUGGGGUCUGUGCUAAAUGGUUCUGGAGCUGUUUAGGUAAUACCUUAUAUAGCCUAAGUCUUAUCCCAUCCAUGUUUUGCAUUUGUCUGUUAGGAAGGCUCACAGGCAUGUCUGGGCAUCCAUGUCCUCUCAGGACAAACAUCCCUGAGCCCUCCCAUCCCCUCUAAUUCACCAGGACAUGCUGAAGCUGCCGCAUCUGAGAAAGGAGAAGGAGCUGUGCUUGUACCCCAGGUCCCCUCAUUGCUGCUAUCAGUGGAUUGCCACUAGUGGAGGUAUUUCUGUCUGAGUGUGCAAUAGCUGCAGUGACUGCACACGGGUUCCCCUGACACACAGGGCAGUGCUUUGUAAAAUGCAUUCAGAUACCUGCUGUAAAGUUUGCUUCUCUGGUGCCAGCCCAAUGCAACAGCUUCAUUGCAGGACACUGGCCCCUUUAAGGCUAAAUUUCAUAAAGCUUUUUUAUCUUCAGUUUCCUAAAAUAUAAUCUGAUAAUUAAUGGUUUGCUGAAUCCAUUAUGAAGUGCAAUUAGAUAGAUGCAGGGUUCCUGUGGCUCUGAGGGGACUGGUAGCAUUUAUCUUCCUUUCCCUCAUGCCAAAAGGUUGAACUCUGCCACUGUGGUAUUUACAUACUGAGCGGUGAUCCCUGAGCAGCCCUGUUCCAUUGCACUGCCCAGAGCCAUGGGAGCACAGCAGAGGAACAGACUGGAGUUUUUCAGCAGCAUCUCAUGCUGGCUACUCACAGGCAUCAGGCAGAGACAUUUGCUGAGCUGGUUGUGCUAUGAGAGAGUUUGUUCCUAUUACAGUUUGGGGAGAGGUGAACAGCAAGGGAUGCUCCCAGGAGAGGGGCUUGCUGGAGCUGAUUUGAUGUGUGUGUGUGGCAGCAAAUGACUGGUGAAGUGUUGUGUUUGCCUUGAAGAGCUCCCACCUCUCUCUUCCUUAGUUGCAUGCACCGUUUGUCCCCCAGACUUUGCAGUGAUGGUGAAAUGGAGGAAGCAUGAGGUUAAGUUGCCACUGAAUCCAGGGAUGACCAGGAGAUGGUGCUCAAGGUCUUAAGGAUUAGUGCUGAUGGGCAGGUGCCGCUGCACCUUUGCUGAAGCUCCUCUUGGCCAUCCCAGGCCUUCCCCAGCUUCUUGGACUGGCAGGGAGAGUCCUUAAGCUACUGAAAAGCUGAAGGACAGCUCCAAGCCCUGGGCAGGACACCUGCAAACCCUGGAUAUUGCUGCUUAAAUGAGAGGCUGAAAUUGGGCUGUGGCCACCUGUGGAGAGGGAGAAAUACAUCUGUGACUGAGGCAAAGCAGUGAUAAAGGCUGGGACCCUCCUUGGCCAGGAGAACAGAGGUGGAACUGCUGAAGACCAUCUAAUGCCUGGGGAUGGAUGAGCUCUGUGUGGUGCUUAGGAUGAGUGUGGGAAUGAUGCCAGGGUGAGCAAGUACAUCUUGAUGGUCUCAGAGCUGAUGUGUUGGGAUGUAAACAGUGGAGUUUGUCCUCCAGGCUGAUGGAGGUGGAAGCUGUUCCCCCUUUUGUGGCAUCCUAGGGCUGGGAGCUGUAGGAAUCCUGCACAGGCUGCAUGAGUGCUCUGAAGCAGGGAUGAAUUGUCCAGGCAGCGCACUGCAGGUGUCCUGGCCUUCGUUUGAGAGCCAGUAUCUGCAGGGUUGAAGAUGAUUUCCCUGUGUUCCUGAAGAAGUCUGGAGGAAGUGGAAAAGUUUAGUAGGGCUUGUGCAGAAGUUGCCUUGUAUACAGCCCUCUCAUAAUGCAGAGGGAGCUUGGCUAGGGAUACAUUUUGUCUUGGAUCCAUUUGGUCCCUGUUGACCAAUCAUUGUCACAGGUGAAGGGCAACAGUGUCAGUCACACAGCAGGCACAAUUCAGGCUCAUAUGUCCCAUUUAGGGCCAUUUCUCCUGCCUUGAUGACAUGUCCUUGGCAGAGUCCUGCCAGCAGUAAACACCCAGUGAGCGCUCUGCAGCUGCACAGACACCAUCAAGCAUCUCCCAUAUCAUUAUGAGGAGAUAACAACUCAAAUUCCCCCAUUCCAGUUCCUUUUUGAUGGAUGAAAUGUGCACAUCAGAGCAAAUUGCAGUGUUAGCAACACCUAUGUCCUACCUGGGAGGAAGAUGCAUUUCCCAGGGCACAUCCUGGUCUGAUGUGCAUGACACUGAAGAUGCUGAUCACUAGAGAUUUCUUGUGCUGCAUCCCUUUUUUCUCUGUAAAAGAUGGAAAAGGAAAGAUGUGGUUACAGGUUGUCAUGUGAAGCAGUUGAUGGGAAGCUAAAGUGCUUGCUUCUGAGAAUGUGGUUUUUACACGUUUGCUCUUAGGUGCUGGGUGACCCACUGGGGUUUUUGAGGCCCUGUGGCCCUCUUGACCUUGCUGCCAUCCCUUGUAAGGGAGCAGAGGAGCUAUUGUCUUCUCACACUGAAGCAUGGGACCAUCCUGCCCUCCACAUGCUUUUGGGAGCAGAAGCCUUGGGAGUAACAUCCCAUGAGGACAUUAGAUCAGCUGAUGAUUUAUCUAUCUCCAUGCAUUAAUUGGUAGCAUUUAGCGUGCAGGACUAAGUUUGUGGCUGUUAGGAAAUGUCUGUUCUAUGCCCAACUUUCACCCUGAACUGUUCAUGGGAGGAUCCUUUGGAAAAGGCAGGAUGCAGUGGCUGUGAGCAGCACUCACUUGGCAUUUCCCAGUGCAAAAUGUACUUUUGCAGGGUGUUACAUGAACACAGUGUGUGCAAGCUCAGUGCUGCUCCCUUGCCCAUGAGCAAGGGAUGGACAUGGCAGGAGCAUGGGGGGGACAGAGCUUGAAGCCCCUCCUGGGGGGACGAGAGGAGAGCAGGUACCAGCGGCCUGAAACCUUCUAUGUGAGUGGAGCAAGCCCUGGCUGAUGCUGGUCCUGGCAGAUUCCAUGAUGGAUCUGUCAAGCUGCUGGCCCAUCCCCAGCAGAUUCAAGCACUGGAGGAAGGAAAUGAUGUUUUCGAUGGGCUCCAGCUCGGUGAGUGCCAUGCAGUGUUCCACAGGGCAGGGAUGAGAUGCUUCAGCAGCCAGAGGCAAUCCCUCUCCUGAACCCAGUGGUUUUGCUGUACACAGGGAGAGCCGAGGGGCUGCCCUGGUAGCUGGGCUCAGUACCCUUUGCAUUGGGCAGGAGCAGGCUGCUGAUGGAGGGGCUCGGCUGUCUCUCCAGCAUCAGUUAAUGUGUCUGAUCCCCUGGCACAGUCAGCUGUAUGGUGCUUCCUUGCAGUCAGUUGCCACGAUUCCUCAUUUCCUGUGUUAAAGCAGCAAUUUCUUUUAUCGGGUUUCCAGCCGGUGUUUCGCACAGAGAGCAAAAGCAGAAGCUCUCACUUUGCCUCCCCUGCACCAUGGAUGAUUGUUGAAAGCAGGAAAUCUGCCCAGGUUUCUAAUCAUAUUAAGGCAAACCUGAUAAAGUGUAGGUCUUAGUUUGUUUAAUAUGAGGCACACAGAUGCUGCAUGGUGCCUGCUGUUAAAUUGCUAUAUAUAGCCCUCAUCUACAAAUGGGAUGGGGUUGGGAAGCACCUGUGGGUUAGACCAUGGCACCUGUUUCUAUGACCUGCAAGCAAACAGAAAGUCCUUGGUGGCAAAGCAUGUUGAGGAGACGGGCUGGAGGAGGAUAAGGAUAAGGAGCAGUGGGGAUCCAAAUUGCCAGGCAUGCAGGCACAGCCAAGCUAUGUGUGUCUUACUAUCACUAUAUGUCAGGCUGUGUAUCUGGGAAGAGGUGAUGCUGGUGCAUGGAGAGAAGAGGGGAUCAUGGCCAGCAUGUCUGAAAGCAUCUUGAGGUCUGCUCAAGGUAACUGGAGCCAUAAGUGAUGUUUGGAGGCUUUAGUAGUUGCUUUUGGCAGGAGUCAGGGGGUGUUUACUGCUGCCCCUGCUCUGAACACUGCUGCAGCUCGAUGCCAUUCCCAUACAGCUGCUCACCCGCAGCAGUGUAAGACAAGUGAAUGGCAAACUGGAGGCUGUGCAGGAAACAACUGACAGCAUGAGACAGGAGCUGGAAAAUCUGCCUUAUUGCAUGAGAGCGAAGCAGCAGGAAUUGCUUGGUGUGGGCAAGGAGUGACCUGGGGCAGUCUUCACCCCAUGUGCUGGGGACUGUGUCCAUUCCUGUCUCUGGACUCCAGCAAAGGCAAAGUGCUGAAGGGCAUCAAUGCUAGCAAGGGUCCAUCUGUACAGAGCACAAAUGCUUCGAUUUGCCUUAUUUCCCUUCUCUUGGAUGCCUUGGAGAUGCCCAGCUUUGAGGGCAGUCCUUUUCACACAGUGACCUUUUCACUUCUAACACGAGCAGUCGGUCCCUGUCUUGUUCCUGGGGAGCUCAGGGUCAAAUUAUUGGCUGGUAUUUCCUUCAUCCCUUGGAUUAGGGAGCCUUAGAGCCCUGCAGCAUAUGGGCAGCCUGGUCUGGGCAGGCUGCUUGUGUUCCUCUUUGUGCUUCCCAGACCUUCUCCCACUGGCCCCAGAGCCUCUUGCAGAUGGGGAGGGCUGGCCAGGGUGGGCCUGCUGCACGCAUUCUCACUUGGAGCACAACAUAGCUGCCAACAAAUGGGUCUGUGCAGAUAGAUUAGAUCUAGUUACAUGCCAUGCAAAAUCAUCUCAGCCCACAGGUCUUCAGCCACUGGAGGCUUCCUGCUGCUGAUGGAGGUUGCUCUCCUCUUGGCUGUAAGGAGGUGAGCAGAGCCCUGCCUUAGGUUUCAAACUGCCUGUGGAGAUAAUCCGUGCCGCUCCAGCUGUGCCGAACCUGCUAUCGAGUAUGAUGAUGGCUUUCCCUGACAUGUGAAUCUGGCUUUCUCUGCCCAAGGAGGCCAAGGCCAUAUGCCACCAGCUUCAUGGUGCUGGCUGCCUUGGCCAGCCCUUUGGUAGGGAAGAGUUGAGCUCCAGUCCUUGUCAGCUGCCUUCAUCCCUGCCCUCUGCUGUGCUUCACCUGGACAAGGUCUCCCUGCAGGUUCCUCCCAGCCCUCCAUCGUCUUCACCUGGUCUGUCAUCACUCAGAGCAUCUUCCUCAAGGCCCAUUCCACGGUGAUGGUGCAUCUCCAAGUACACUUGCCAUGAGCCCCAUGCAGGGCUUUGCUGUCUGUAGGGACUAUGUGUGGAUGCACAUCUGGGAAGUCUCCAGUUGCUGGUGAAUAGCUCCCAUUCUGUCCUCCUGCAGGAGUCACAAGGAAGGCUCUGAGCUGGGUGGGAUGGAUGGAAGGACCCCUUGGCAAUUACAACCAUGUGAGUCGUUCCCUUUAUCUGACUUGUGUUGUAUGAAUUUCUUCCAGCUCAGAGGCUACAGCUGAGGCAGUAUUUAGAGCAGGGCAGCCCUGUCAACUGGUACUUAAUGCCAUAAUAAUGCCAUUGGGUUUAGCCCAUUGCACUGCAAACCUUGUUUCUUUUGACUCUGAGCAGUUGGUUCUGAGCUGUCCAGUGACACACGGGGCUUCUUCCAGCAUGGUGUAGAUGACAGUGAAUUUGGUGAUACGCAGGAGUAGGUCGGAUGAUCCCUGUGGCGUGCGUGAACUUCCAUUUAUCAACAGUACGUUUCCCUCGCAGCAAAUCUGGUCUCUGUUAGCAGUGAAUUCCCUCUGCAGCUCCCUACAGCCUCUCUCAUCGACUAACCCAGAUAAUCCUCAGCUAUCUGCCACAUCUCUGUAGAUCUAUUAAACACACAGAAGUUCUGCUGUCCUUGUGCGUAACCAGGGUAGGUUGCGAGAUGUUCAAUCCCCCAGUGCAGGAUACUGUCAAACUUCUAUGGAAAGCCUAAAUAAA